AUGAAUAAUAAAGAGAAUAAAGAAAAGGAUAAAAUUUUUAAUAUUAAAAUAGAAGUUGAUGUGGAAUUGGAUGUUAAGGCUGAAUUAAAUAAUUCUAAAAUUGAAGAUUCUGAAGAUGAAUACAUGGAAAUCUUAUUUAAAUUUGUAAUUAGAAGAGAAGAAGUUUUAUUAAAUUUACGAGUACAAAGAGUAAGAUUAAGAGAAUAUAAAAAUAUCUAUCUAGAAAAAAAAACUAAAUUACAGUCAAUACUAACUAUGCAUUAUGCUCAACUAAAUUAA